CCGAAGCCUCGAUCAUCGACCUGGGUUCUGUCCGUCAUCGCAAAGUUCCAAACUUUCGUUAGGUACUUUGCUGGGUUUGACUCUAAAAGCUUCACCAAUCUGUGUAAUCUUUCAAAGGUUGCGAUCAAGCCAAGUCGGAUCGGCUUCCUAGAUUUUCUCCUUCAUCCCUCCACUCAGAUAUAUUCUCCAAGUCGAAUCAGGUUAGGAUUGCUUGAGCAUAAUGAAGCAUAUUGUGAAGAUAAUUACCUUUUUGGUGGCUAUCUCUGCCAUGUGGAUUGGUCUCCUGGAGAUGUCUGUAGUUCCUAGAAGCCAGACGUGGUUGCUACCAAUAUAUUUCAUUGUUUCACUGGGAUGCUAUGGAUUGCUAAUGGUCGGCAUCGGCCUAAUGCAAUUUCCAACUUGUCCUCAAGAGGCAGUGUUGUUGCAGCAGGACGUUGUCGAGGCCAAGGAUUUCUUGAAGCAAAGAGGGGUCGAUGUUGGUUCCGAGUGAUUUGACCUGCUGCACUCAUUUACUUACAGAACAUUCCAGUUCGAGUGGAAAUUGAUCUCCGAAUCUUUCAGGAUUAGAGCAGCUGAUGAACAUUUACUCGAGCUUUUUGACAAUUUUGGAGUGUUAAGUUAUCAACUAAUCAUGAAAAGUCAUGCUUUUGGUGUUUAUGCUUGUAGGUGAAAUCGAAAUUUUGUUCAUCUUGUCCACCAUACUUUAGCCAGUUUUUAAUGUAUAGUUGCACAGUACUCUCUCU